UCGGCCCCCACGAUGACGUUACGGGCAGCCUCCAACACCCGGACCACCUCCAGGUAGCAUCCCGGGAGACCCCACACGGCAGCAGCACCUUCGAGAGUUACUCCAGAGGCCCUGGAGUGACAGUGGCGGAGUUCAUCAAACAGGAAUACCACAACCCAUGACGUCUCCGACGGGACUUUCUGGCGAAUUUCGUCCACCUCUGCCACCAAUUGUACAGGGUCAAGCUACCCGUAUGAGGCCCAGUAUGGCUCCAGGUCAGCCAAGCAUGAUGACACAUCCUGUCUCACCCCAAGUUGGUCAAAUAGAUCCAAGGGUUAGAAUAAUGCUCCACCAACGAAGUAUGCAACAACAGCAACCUCAGCGACAAGCUAUUGUUGGUGGUCGUAACCCUUAGAUCCCUUUAACCACCUUGUGCAGCAGCGGCACCCCAGCAGUACAUCAGUGCUGCUGGUCCUGGAAUACGUCCGGGUGUAACUAAUGUGGUCAGAGGUCCUCCAGCAACUGUUAUGGUGAGCCAAGGUUUGGGUUCUCCCCAUUUACCUCCCGGUAAUGCUGUCCGAGUUCCUGUCGUGUCUCCCACCCAUCAUCCACAGCCACUGACACACCCUUCAGCUUCUCAUCCUCAACAACAUCAUCCUUCAACUUUAUCUCAGCCACCAAAUCCACAGCAGUCUCAUCCACAACAAAAUCAUCCACCACAGCCUCUCCCUCAGCAGCCUCAUCCACAAAUACCACAUCCACAGCAAACACAUCCACAACAGCCGCAUCCUCAGCAACCACAUCCGCCAUUAGCUCACCCUCAAUCAACCCAGCCACCACAGCAGCAGCAGCAACAGCAGCAGCAGCAGCAGCAACAACAGCAGCAGCAACAACAACAACAGCAGUCAGAGUCCGAACUUCCCGAGGCAGUGACUCGAGAAUUGGAGCAGCUAGAGGAAGAACAACAGCAAAAACAGCAACAACAUCCACCACAACAGACCCCAACACCGCAGCCAACACCGUCUCAGACAACGACGUGUCAAGGAGACGACCUGGAGGAUCUUGCUCCUGGGGAUCUCACCAGCAUGGAAGAUGACGACCUAUUGGGUAUGGGAGGUGACUUCAAUGUCUCUUAGAGUUUGCUGAUGGUGAGGAUGGAGAAGAAGAUAAUGAAAGUUACCAUCCAACCUGUUUGAUGAUCUGAUGGUGAUGAGGAUGAGAGGCGGAGAAGAGAAAGAUACAGAGAGAUGGCAGGACCCCGAGGUCAACAGAGAGAUAGGAUUAUGGUGUCAGGUGAGAUACCCGUAGGUCCACCAUCCUCUGGUCCUCACUCCCACCAGCGACCUACCAUGGCACCUGGCCAAGGACCUGUGAACCCCCCUGUUAGUAAUGUGACCUUAGACGGUGGACCUCGAGCACAGCAGCCUCACCCAUCCUUCGC